GGGUAAAGAGAAGCAGAUAGUGAUGUCCAAGAUCUUGUCAUGUGUUUCUCUGGGCUUGAAGAGAAGUGUUGAACUUUUUUCCUUGUAUUUUUUUAGGCCAAACUUGAUCAGAUCUGCUGCUAUCAAUUAUCUGUUGAAUUCUGGCAUUCAGUGGGGAGCAGCACCUGCAGUUAAAGGUGUGCGUGAUGCAGCAGUGGAGUUGCUGCACACAUUAGUAGCUGUGCAUGCGGAGGUUUUUGCUGGUGCCAAGCCCCUCUUAGAUAAGACAUUGGGCAUUCUUGUGGAAGGCCUGAUUGACACUCUAAUACGCAUUUUCCAUGAAAAUGAAGCUACAGAUCUUAGACUUGAUACGAAUGGAUUCUGUCAGCUGAUGUUGGAGCUUGAAUACUUUGAGACUAUAUUAAAACCCAUAUUUUACAUCCGGUGCAAGAGAGUCCUUGAAAUCUUUACAAGGUUUGCUUUUGGAGAAAGCAACGGAAAGCGUGGCUGAUAUUGUGGACAAUCCUGGACAUAAUCGUCGGCCGACUCGUGGCAGUGAAGAUGCAGCUGGAGAUGAGAGACUGCAAGGAGCAACUGUAUCACCGGAUGAACUCAUUGCUCUUGCACAGCAGUAUAGCUCUGAGUUGCUUCAAUCAGAGCUGGAGCGGACUCGUAUUAACACGGCAUGCUUUGUGGAAUCAAUGCCUUUGGGUUCGGUGCCAGAACCCGCAAAAGCUGCUUACUCUACCUUCAAGGGAUCAAUGGAUUCUCCUAGUAGAAAUUACAGAGGCACCAGUCACACUGGAUCCCCCCAAGUUCUUUCGGAGACAACGAUGAAUAUUUUAGCAACCAUUGCCUUUGUUUUCCUGCUAUGUGUUGUUGUAAUUUUGUUUAUAUAGUUAAUAAUGGAACAUUGAACUCUUCUGCUUUGCUGUCAUUUUUUAUUUUUAUUGGUGUUUUUGGUUGGAAUGGGAGUUUUCGAUAAUUUGAGUUUUGGGCCCAAUAUUGUAUUCUGUAUAAAAGUUUUUCCCCAGCUAAGGUUGAUUUCUUUUUAGUUC